AGGGAAUUUACUCCAAAUAUUUUGAGGUUAAUGACUAAAAUACAUUUAAAAAAUAUAUAUAUAUUAGCACUUAGAUAUUAUUGCAUAUAUUUUUAUUAAAAAUUAUCAUAUUUCUACUCUACCCUUUAGUUGAGCUCAAAUUGGUGGUGGAAUUCGAAGUAUAGCAGAGAAUUAGAGAAAGAUGAAAGCAUUACUGAUCCGUGGACCUGCAAUUUGUGUUUCAUCCCUCAAUUUUACUCAACAUUUUCACUAUCAUUUCUACAACCCUUCCAACUUCUUCCCAUCAAGAAUUAAUCACAAGUGCAAUUGCAUAAAAAACAAGGACACCCAAAUUUCCCUCCAGGGAUUCUCGGUCCUUAGAUCAGAUACUCAUUGUGAUAUGGGAAGCUUGUGGAGCAGUAUGGCUUUCUACCUGCUCAGUGUGCAUGUCCCUUUAAGUUUUGGCGGCUUGUCGGUUGUUACCAGCAUAUUGCAUUGUUCAGUUCUUGAUCCACAGACUGAGGCAUUAUCAUUAGUUGUACUUCAGAUGUUAGAGCUUAUUGUGGUUCUGAUUCUUUUAAGAAGUACCGGGAAGCCCAAAUACAAGCUUCGUGAUUUCUUUCAAGAGAAGCAUUUAAUCAGAGAAAGGAACUGGUUACUUGCAUCAGCUCUUGGCUUCGGGUUGCUGGUUCUUUUGGUCAUUGUAGCAUCAAUUAUUGCUGACAUGUUGAUAGGUACUAAGGAAGUUAACAAUCCAAUCUUGAAGGAGAUCCUUUCGAGUGGUCCAAUAUCGAUGACCUCAUGCAUCUUGGUCUACUGUGUCAUCACCCCUUUACUAGAAGAAAUAGUCUACAGAGGGUUCUUCUUGACCAGGCUUUCCUCCACAAUGAAGUGGCAGCAAGCAGUGAUAGUUAGUUCAGUAGUUUUUAGUGCAGCUCACUUCUCUGCUGAAAAUUUCAUACAAUUGUUCAUCAUAGGCUUAAUCCUUGGAUCUUCUUAUUGUUGGAGUGGAAACUUAAGGUCUUCUGUUGUAAUUCAUUCAUUAUACAAUGCUCUAACCUUGCUAAUAACAUAUGCAUCAUGAAUUGUUGAUUUUAUAGCAAGAUAAAUCUUUCUUUGGGGCA